GGCUCCUCUACCCAGCAGCGUUCGAGCUCCACCAGCCCUCACCAUCAACAUGAGGACAUGGACAACCUCUACCUGCAUUCAGGCUACUCGCGGCCUCUGCGUCCCAACAUCUACGACCGCGAGUCUCGGCCGUCUAUUCGUGUGAGCUCCGACCCAGACUCCAGCAGCAGGAGACCGCACUUGCACAAACACAAGUCGUCGCAUCGUCACCACCAUCACCACGACGAGCACCACCGGCACAGCUCCACACGCCACCAUGCGAAAGAGGUUGUGCAGUUGGCUCUGCAGCCGCCAACCAGCUUUGGAGACCUCUUGAAGCAGGCUCGAGGUAGCAAAGAUCCUUCCCCGAGCCAUAGUCGCAGCCACAGUCGACGGGGAAGCCCAAGGAGAGGCGAGACCGGCGGGCAGCAGACGGCCAGCAAGGAUGUAGGGCUCACCAUACCACCGCCGCGACCGCUGCGGCCAGAGGACAUAGAGCGCGAGUCCAGGAGGGUGGAGGCCAGGGAGCGGUACCUUCGAACUGCCUUGCAGACUCUUUCCGACCAAUCCCUCAGGACCUCCCGUCGCCUCGAUGACACGUACUACUCGAUCCUUGAGAAAGUCUCGACACUACGCCAAACGAUCGGCACAAUGCAAGAGCUGUCAGGUCUGACAAAGGAACUGCAUAUCAAUUUCGAGGCGGACUCAAAGCAUCUGCUCGACGAUGUCAGGAGCCAGUUCGAGAAUUCGGACAACUUUGACGCGCAGCAGAAGCAGGUAGCUGUGCUGGAGGAGCGAGUCAGAGCAGGCAAAGAGAAGGCCGAUGCGCUCACAGCGAGACUGGCAGAGGCGAAGAAGAGAGUCGACGAGAGAGCAAGGAGCGAGGCUGAAUGGGAGGCCAGCACUAAUCGCUGGUGGCAGUGGUUCGGUGGUAUAGUCGCCUCUAUUGUUUCGCUCAUCGUCAUCCUAGUAGUCCUUCACCAUCUUAAGCCCACACACGUCGACAUGAACCCCAAGCCUAUGCUGGAUCCCGCUGUCGCGGCCAAGAUCCGCGAAGCACCGAUACCUAGGAUGGCAAAGGAUAAUAUACUGGAGCUCGCAACUUCAGUGUCGACAGUGAGUCUGCAGAGGCCAUCUGCUCAGUCAAGUGCAGGCUUGGACGAUCGGCUGUUGCGUAGGUUUGAUGAGCUGUAGCUCGGCUUGUAAGAUAGCUGCCGGCGUCGUAUAUACCCAUAGAUCAUGUUACUUAUCUCCAUUGUUGUGAAGCUACUCGAUACUAUGUUACCUGUCGAUCGAUCUGUCACUUGUCAUGCGGGCAGAGGUGCCGCUACGGAGAAUAUGGU